AUGUCGUUAAAACUUGUCACCAGUCAAUUGUGCAAGGUUAUCUGCUUCACGCUCUCAUAUUGGACGUAUCGACAAGGCCAUGAUGGCAUUGUAUUCGGAAGCGGUGUCUGCUUUACCCCUACAGAACUUCAUGACGAGAAAUUGAGGGACUUCCUUUCUUCUCUUUCAUGCGUUAUACAGAAUGCCAUCACAUCAGUCUUCAGAAAAAUUGCCAUCACUAGGGAAGAGUACCUUCUGAUGAAGCUCAUCAGUCUCUUCAACAGUAAGUGCUUGGAUGUUCUGCACAGCAAUUUCAUCUUCUGCACUUAA